GCUUCCUUACAUUUCUAUUUGGAUUGCUCCAAAUGGCAGAGAAGUGACUUGACUCAUCCAAGGGCUCUUAGCAGACACCCAGGAAGUUUCGACUCACAGCCCACUUCCCACAGCAAGGUGGUCAAAACGCUAGUUUAGGAAGAUACAGUCUCGAAGAAUCCUGGAGAGUCACCGAGCCAGCAGGCAGCCCCACACUGGCAGUAAAGGCUCCAUAGCAGGGUGAAAGCAGAAAGAAGUGCUGGUUUUGGUAGCCCUCCCCCAGUCAUAUACUUACAAGGAAAGUAACUCCAGGUUACUGCCCGCUGGAUCGACCACUUGAACCCUAGUGGUCGUGCUGGGCUCAUGAGCGUCUAGUCAUUUGAAGGGAAAAAUGGGCUUGCUAUGGCCUUGAGGGCACAGUUCUGGGACAGUGGGACAAAACUGAGACUUUUCCAAGGUUAGUGCAUGUCUCUUCCCCUUUAACCCUCCCUCUACCGGCCUCAGGGGAAGGAUGGGACUGAGAGGCCUGCUGGAAUCCUAAGAAGUGUUACUGAACAAAAAGCCUGGGAACUGAAUAGAACUAGUCUGGAUGGAUUCAGGAGGCACCAUCAGGAAAAGAGACCCAGACUUGGAGAGCUGGCUGUAAAGUGCAGAUAGAUGACAGCGUGAGAAAGGAGGGGGCAGAGGGGGCUUGAUUGUAUUCUCUCAGGUCAGGGCACCUGGUCCUGGAGAUCCUUAAAACCAGAGGCGGGGGGGUGUGCAUGAGGGACUAUAUGGGUAAAGGUGCCAGGAACAUGAAAUUUCCCAUUAUAGGUGAGGACCACUCUCAAGCUCUCCUCACUUGAAAGGGGGCACAGGUAUGCUCCUCAAUGUGUGGACACACGGGUCCUGGAGGAGGAGCAGGGUGGGGCGGAGUGGGCGUGGAGCCUUGUGCGAGACACUCCCCCAUCUUUGGAGCCACGCGCCAGGCGUACGCUUCCUUCUGCCCCAGCAUAGGACCGCGCCAAUUGUCAUUGGCCAAACGGGUGAUCCCAGAUUGGCUGAGACCCCGGCUCCCGCCUCCUCCGCCAGGGGGGAGGGACAUGGGUGCAGGUUUGUGGCUCGUGCAACCCUAGGGGGUCGCGCACUUCUACCUCUUUGGCCACCGCAAAGCCUAGUCCGUUCUUCACCCGGCUGCAAGCGCUAGGUGUACGGAGACCUGGCAGCUCUUGGGGCUUAAGGACAGAGCACCAGAGCCGGUGGAGGUUCCUGUGGAGUACAUUCGGACCCUCUCACAGCCCCCGAGAGUGCGGGACGUGCGGAGCGCAGUUCGGGAUCUGCACUCGAGGACUUGUCGAGGACGCAUUAAGCUAAGCAUCUGCUCGGAGCAUGGAAUCGCACUUUAACUGGUACGGGGUCCCAAGGCUCCAGAAGGCUAGCGACGCGUGCCCUAGGGAAUCCUGCAGCAGUGCCCUGCCUGAGGCCGGUGAAGGUGCGAACGUCCACUUCCCACCGCACCCGGUUCCUCGCGAGCACUUUUCCUGUGGCGCACCGAAACCCGUGGCGGGGGCCCCGGCGCUGAAUGCAAGCUUGAUGGACGGCGGCGCGCUGCCCAGACUCGUGCCCACCUCGUCUGGAGUCGCUGGAGCCUGCACUGCUCGGCGGAGACCCCCGUCCCCGGAACUGCUUCGCUGCAGCCGACGGCGGCGAUCCGGAGCAACCGAGGCCAGCAGCAGCUCGGCGGCCGUGGCACGCCGCAAUGAGCGUGAGCGCAACCGCGUAAAGCUGGUAAACUUGGGCUUCCAGGCGCUGCGGCAGCACGUGCCGCACGGCGGCGCCAACAAGAAGCUGAGUAAGGUGGAGACGCUGCGCUCCGCGGUAGAGUACAUCCGUGCGCUGCAGCGGCUGCUAGCAGAGCACGACGCGGUGCGUGCUGCGCUCUCUGGGGGUCUAUUAACACCCGCUACUCGGCCGUCCGAUGUGUGCACGCAGCCCUCCGCCUCCCCUGCCAGCGCGUCUCUGUCCUGCACCUCUACAUCCCCAGACCGCCUAGGCUGCUCCGAGCCUACCUCUCCGCGCUCCGCCUACUCGUCGGAGGACAGCAGCUGCGAGGGAGAGAUUUACCCGAUGGGGCAGAUGUUUGACUUUUCCAAUUGGUUAGGGGGCUACUGAGCACCCCACACUCCUAAGGUAAGUUCCAGGGUGGUGGGGAGGAGAGGCGGUAAGGGAGACACGUGGUGGGCGGGCCUGGCACUUAGCGCCACGGGGACCCAGUGCAGCCGGGGCUCAGCCAGGGCGAUCACUUGCAUUUAGCGCACGCUUCAUUUUUCCUCAACCUUUUUCAAGCCUGAGCAAGACCGGCGUUUGUUUGUCCGGGAUUGCAAA